CGCAGCCUAGUUUCACUUUCAAAAAACUCCAUCUGUCCAUUGAAAGUGAAAGUGGAAGUGACAGAAUGCUUUCCGAAAUUUAUAUUUAUGCUGUGUCAGUAUGUAAUGUCCCAUUAAGGAGUGUUGUGUUGGUCUUAAAGAGAGUGAGAACAGUAAUUUUAAAACAGUGGAGGAAUAAUACUACAACAGAACAAUGAAACCAUGAAUGAAGAAAAUUUCGAAUAACUGACAUCAAGUGAUUGCAAUCAGUAAUUUUACAAAGAUGGCAGAGUGUGUAGACUCUCAAAAGACGAUAGAUAUUUUGACUUGUGCAAUUUGUCUCGAAAGAUUCACAAAACCAAAGUUUCUCCCAUGCUUACAUACCUUCUGUGAGGGUUGUAUUUUGACAUUCAUUACUUCAGAACUGGAGAAAUCGGAAGGAAAUAAUCAAAUAGAGUGUCCAGUCUGCCGAGCAACAGUUAAGUUACCAAAGAAAGAAUGCACACCAAAAGAAAUGGUCGAUCAGAUGCCUACAAAUUUCCUCAUCAAUGGGUUGUUAGAAAAAGAAACGGUUAAACGAUCAGAAAUGAAUACAUCUCCUCAUCAUGAUAUUAAACCAAUAUCUAAGCUAACGGAUGAAGAAAGAAUACCUCAAUCAUUCAAAAGUAUCUGUGCUCAGCAUUCUAAAAAACUGAAGUUAUUCUGCAAAAUUCAUAAUGUACCCUGUUGUACACUUUGUAUUCAUUUAAGUCACAAAAAGUGUGACAAUGUUGUAACUAUUGAAGAGGAAGCAAGCAAAUUGUGUACCGAUGUUAAACUUGAAAGGUUAAAAAUGGAUAUAACAAAUGUUUCAAAUGAUUUUGAUACUCUUUUAUCUCACUACACAGAAUGUUUACAAAGCAAUGAAACACAGUAUGAAGAUAAACAGAAGAUGAUAGAAAUAUCUAUAAGUACUAUUAUUUCAAAAGUUAAAGCAUUAGAAAUAACAAAGAAAGCUGAACUAAAAAAAAUAUAUGAGGAAAAGAAACAUAUUUUAGAAGAUAAGAUGGAUACUUGUACGAAUUGUAAAAAAACUGUUGUUUCAGAUAAACAGACUCUGGAAAUAAACAUUGAAACAGCCUCUGAAGUGCAGGUUAUGUUUGAGGCACAAAAGAUAGCUAGUCAAGUUGAGAAACAUAAACAACUAUUAAAAAAAUACAAAUUUGAUGGUUCUAAAAUUUUGAUAAAUGGUGGAACAGGUAUUCCAAUAUUGAUUGACGUUUUUAUAAACAGUUUAUUUAAGAUAAAUAUAAGUAAUGAAGAUAAAAUCCUGAAACUGUUAACAGAUGAUAGCAGUCAAAGUGUCAAUCCAGUGCAUGAAUCAUCUUCGAAUCAAUCAGUUGGAGAAUGUUUGAACCCAAAUAAAGACAAGUCAGACAACAUAAUCAGUGGUUUCAAGUUUGGAAAUACAACCUUGGAUAAAAAAUCCCCAGGCAUUUCCUUACAAUCAGGUGCACCAUCAGAAUCUUCUGCAGACAUCAAAUUUGAUCAGACAACAAAAAUAGCUGACAGCACAAAUCCUGCUACUGGAAGAGAAACCGCGUUUGAUGGACAAACAGUUUCUACAGUAAAAACAACCACAACAGAAACAUAUACUGGCAAGCCUCCAAUCGUUGGUGGUUAUAAAUUUGAAAAAUUAUCGGAGUCUGACAAGAAAUACCCAAUAUCAGAAGCAGUCAGUUUAUACCCGAUUUUGUCUUCUACUUUUGACAAGAAAACUAAACCUAUAAAGCCAGAUCAAUCUACAAUUGAAUUCAACAAGUGUACUUUAAGUGAUUUCACCAUCCAACAAACAGCUAAACCAUCUGGUUUGACCAUCCAACAAACAGCUAAGCCAUCUGGUGUCACCAUCCAACAAACAGCUAAACCAUCUGGUUUUACCAUCCAACAAACAGCUAAACCAUCUGGUUUCACCAUCCAAAAAACAGCUAAACCAUCUGGUUUCACCAUCCAACAAACAGCUAAACCAUCUGAUUUUACCAUCCAACAAACAGCUAAACCAUCUGGUUUCACCAUCCAACAAACAGCUAAACCAUCUGAUUUUACCAUCCAACAAACAGCUAAACCAUCUGGUUUCACCAUCCAACAAACAGCUAAACCAUCUGAUUUUACCAUCCAACAAACAGCUAAACCAUCUGGUUUCACCAUCCAACAAACAGCUAAACCAUCUGAUUUUACCAUCCAACAAACAGCUAAACCAUCUGGUGUCACCAUCCAACAAACAGCUAAACCAUCUGGUUUCACCAUCCAACAAACAGCUAAACAGUUUGGGUUCAGUUUUGGCGGAGAGACCAACACUUCCAAACCAGCUUCAUCAUUUACCUUCAAGUCCAGUGUUCCAAUUUCAACUGCCUCACAUGCCCCAGCUGUUACAGAGAUAACAAACAAAACAGGAGCAACUAAGACUAGCACAUUUUUAGGAUUUUCAUUAAGUAUCAUUCAACCUGAGCAUGCUAAAAAAGAUGAAAUGAAAGUAUUUGGAAAUCACUCAAAUCCGAAAGAAGGAAUUUGGAACUGUAAUGGAUGUCUAAUGUCUAAUAAAUUUGAUGCCCUUAAAUGUCCAGCCUCUGGAACACUUAAACCUGGAGUUAUUAAAGAGGGGAUUGAAGCUGCAGGUCAUCCUCAAAAGAAGGAUGGAGAGAACGGAUUUGGUGAUUAUUUAUUUAAGCAUAAAGACGGUAGCUGGAAAUGUGAUGGAUGCCUUUGUUCAAAUAACAGUGAUAUACUCAUGUACCCUGUCUGUGAUAUCAUGAAGCAAUGUUAUAAAAACUUAAAGGAAGACCUACCUAAAGAAAAGGGAAAGGCCUCAGCUUUUGGAAGUAAUGCUGGUGGAUUUAAUUUUGGUGGAAAGAGUGGAUUUACUUUUGGAACAGAUGGCGAAUCUAAUACUAAAGCUGCUUCUGAAUUCACAUUCCCUACACCAGAUUUAGCUAAGAAAAAAUCUGAAAUCUCAAUCCACCUUCCACUGUUUUUUCUUUCACAUCAAUAAAAUCCGAUGCAAAGAGAAAAACACCAGAUGUUGCAUUGAAGGGCUUCAAAUUUACAUUAACCCCUUGUGUUACAUCAGAACAGAGCACAGGUGUGAGUAAUCUUGGACAUCCAACACAAACUCGGCAAAUGCCUGCUGUAGGAUUUUUUUCUCAAGCAAUACGAAGCCAAACUCUUCAGUUCCAACAAGGCCAGAUAACGACAGGAAAAGUUG